UGUAUGGGUGAUCGCCAUUGCGUCCUGCAGCCGGCCCAGCGGCGUGCACCGUUAUGGGGGAGCUUCAGCUGCAUGGAGCUGGCAGACGACGUCGGAGACAAAACCUAGGCCAGUGCAAGAGAGCCUGGUGGGCACAGGGGGGGGCAGAAGGAUGCGGAAGAGCACAGUGAGUGGUCAGUUGGGACGCCAGCCGCUGGAGCCACUCGGUGCCACUGCCCCGUCGGCUGCGAACCCCUGCACCAAAGAGCCAGGCGAGCGUCCCGCCCAGCCCAACAGGGGGCCCGCAAGUCUGUACCGUAGUUCAGGCCAGGCGCGCCUCAAGCCUGAAUUGGCGAGCAUUUUCUUGAUCUCUUUUCAGGGCCGGCCAGGUAGUGGGCAUGCUCGCGUUUUCCUCCUCUGCUCUUGCCCCAUACUGCAAUCUACCAGACCCUCCCUCCCUUCCCAAGAGCUGCCCACUAGUCAUGCCCAUUCAUACCGAAACAUCGGCCAGUCCUUACUGGCUGGGCGGCUCCAUCCACUCAGAGCGAGCAGCCCGGGUGUCCCAGAUGCAACAAUGCAUGCCACAGUACACACACAUCAUCUAGGAAAUUCGAGCUCGACUCAACCACGGCCCACCUCCCCUUCUGCCACUACCCUCCUCUAGAUGCCAGAUCGCUCGAGACAGUUAUAAAGAGGGCGGCUUGCCACGCGCCGAGCUGUGGGUGAGAUGACUCGAUCUCAUAUUCCCAAGUGAAGUGUGGAGGAGCUCAACCCACAUCGCUAUUUCUACACUACGUACUUCCUUGAAGAAAGGAAUAGCAAAAGCGCCUUACCCCACCAUCAUUAUCCCCAAUCUCUCCAUCUCCUCAACAGCGUUGCGGCGACGUCAAUGUCCCCAAGUGGCAUCAACAUAGUCUGUCUUUAUUAGGUACGAUGUCUUUAUCCUUCCGAGGAGGACCAGCCUUGCUCGACCUAGCAUGCAGCUAA